AUGGCCUCCCCUUGCAUUCCUCUGCAUUCGUCGCUGAACGGAUCGCCCCAGCCGCUCACGACUCCGCUUGACCCCCAUGUCCCCGAUUCGUUCCACCUCCAGCAUUUCGGUUCAGACGCCUUCCCCUCGGGCCCCUUGGCGCCCCUGCGUUUGCCGGCUCCGCAUCACAAUUUGCAGCCCGAGCACAGUUUGCAGCCCGAGCACAGUUUGCCGCCCGAACAAAGUUUGCCGCCCGAACACCCUUUGGCACCGCCCCCUGACGGGGGUUUUCCCGCGCCGCAUUCCGAAGUGCCCGACGGGCAUUUCGCGCGCGACCGUUUUUCGCCUGCCCCCGAGGACGACUUUGAGCGCGCCUUGACCCGCCUAGCCACAGACGCUGCCCCAUGGUCGCUUGCCCAAUUGGCCCACAAAAUCAAGUUGGCCGCUGCGGGCCACACCAACGACCCAUUUUUGGCAGCCAUUUCCUCUCCGCACGACUCCAAACAUGACAGAGCGCCCCACGUUUUUGGCUUGGUCUGGAUCCAGCGCUCUUGCGAGCACGCGCCCGCCGCCGUGGUGCCGCGCACCAGAGUAUACGCGCGCUACGUCCAGCGCUGCGCAGACCUCGCCUUGCACCCACUCGCCCCGGCGCUUUUUGGCCGCCUUGUCCGAGUAGCCUACCCAAACUUGACAAUCCGCCGUUUGGGCGUCCGUGGCAAAUCGAAAUACCACUACUGUGGCGUUCGCUUGGUGGAUGAACGCACUUCCGCCAAUCUGCCUCACGGCUCCGCCAACCUGCCUCACGGCUCUGUCGCCUCCCUGCAUUGCUUGCCUGGCUCUCUGCAUGGCUUUGCACCUACACCCCAUGGGUUGGCUGCAUCGCCCCAUUUGGCUGCUUCCCCCCGCUUUUCGCCAUUGGCUGAUUCGCCCCUGCUGCACGCAUCUCCCUCGGUGGCCGCAAGCCCACGUGCCAUGUUGGGCACCCCGGUCAGCUCGGCGCCUGUGCCCGAAGCGCUUCCAACCCGUCUCCGGUAUGUGCCUGGACUCUUCGCCGCUCUCGACCAUGCUGUCGCUACUCAGAUCGCUGCCCCAUUGACGUUGCCCACUAUAUACCCAUACUUGGCCAAACUGGCCGAUGUUGACUGCGACGUGGCAGAUACUUUGCAUCUGUUGUACCGGGUGCACUGCUCCUCUCUCUUUGACCUGAUGCGCUACAUGGAUGUGGACCGCAUGUUUGCCCUUUUCCGCCUGUUUCCUACAAUCUUGACCGCGCCCGUCACAAGGCUCCUAGUGUCGGAACCGGCUGCUGCAUGGGUACGUGACUGUGACUUGGCUACUUACCGUGCCAUGGCCAAGAUGGUUGCUCGCUUACACCUGCAGCAUGUGCCGGCAGAGGUUCUUCGCCCGUUGCGACGUCUUGCAGCUGACUACACAGACAACUUGGCCACGGUGCUCCAGAGCAAAUUUCCUGCAGCUUUCACUGCCAUGAAGCUCUCGCUAGCCCGUCAAUUUGUCCUGCUUCUUCGUCGGCUUGUGCGGUGCAUUGAAACUGGUGUUUCGGCAGCUCGCAUCUUGGCCAAAGAGUCUGAGCGCCGUGCCAUGCUCCAGGACUGGUUGCGCUUGGACAUGAAUGACAUUGUCCUUCGCGAGCUUCCAUGUGCUCUUGACAAUCCAGAGAGUAUCAUGGAUGUGCUUGAAACCAGACUUCCUGACCUUUUCGAUGGUGAAAUUGGUGAUCGUGUGCUCGGCAAGUAUGCAGCGUUUUUGUUUGAGCUUCCUGCGCGAUUCCCAGGCACAAACCCUUGGCUUUUUUCUCUCGUCUGCUCCAAUUUCCUCACCACUUGUCUUCGGGAGAUGAGCUUGUGCGGCGCCCCCAGCUUUGGCUCGUGGUGGCUUGUGCGCUGCUGGGUAGAUGAGUACUUGGCCUGGUUUUUCGAGUUGGGGGGCUACCUCUACGACGACUUCCAUGGUGACACCGCCACUGACUAUGACCAGACCACAAGCGCAGACACGAGCAGCAAUCUCGAUGGCGAGAAGUUUGUCCGCUUGUUGGAAGGCUACGGUGUGCGCGAGUGGGCCUCAUGA